UUUGCUUGCCCCUAUUCCCCCUAGUCUGAUGGGUGACACCUACCCGUAGCCUCACUCAUUCGUCUUUGCCCCUCUUCUAUUCCCAUUCAAUUUUUGCAAGCUUGCACCCUUCAGAGUGCAAAGUGACGCGCACAUUUUUUUUCCGACUGGGAACUAUAUAGCUGAAGACGUUAUGACUAUAGUUGAAGAAAGUGAAGUUCUUGGUGAAAAUUUCGUAUUUUUGAUCCAACUACUAGAAAGCAACUCAAGGUGCAUAAUGGAACCUACGUUUGAAAAUUACGAAUUGAUUGCUCAAGGAGCUGAAGCCAGACUUUAUAAAGGAACAUAUUUGAACAGACCGGUAUUAAUAAAGCACAGAUUUAAGAAAAAGUAUAGACAUGAAAUUCUUGAUCACACUUUAGCCAGUCAUCAAAUAAAAAGCGAGGCAAGAGCCAUUACUCGCGCAACAGCUGCAGGUGUAUUAACACCAGCAAUAUUUUAUGUUGACCACCGUCGUCGAAACAUCUACAUGGAAUACUUAGAUAACACGAUAACGCUCAAGAAAUUCAUAGACGAGAAUAUAGACCAAAAAGAAACUUUCUGGCCAUUGGCAAAGUCAGUAGCGAAAAUUCUAGGCAAUCUAAUUGCAAGAUUGCACAUUGAAAAUAUAUUUCACGGAGAUUUAACGACGUCCAAUAUUCUUUUGAGAGAUUCCAAUCUCGGAAUGGAGACUGUUAGAAGAGAACAAAUAGUACUGAUAGACUUUGGCCUAUCGCAUGUAAAUUGCUCAGUGGAAGAUUGUGCUGUUGACUUAUAUGUGCUUGAAAGAUCUUUACAAAGUGCCCACUCUACAAUGCACGAUUUAAAUAACACUAUUCUCGAUGGCUACCUAGAAUUUUACGUGAAGAAGAAGGUACAAGAAAAGGGAGUCGAAGUACUUAAAAAAUUAAAGGAAGUUCGAGCACGUGGACGAAAGCGUGUAAUGAUAGGUUGAGGUCUUCAAAUUAAAAUGAUAGAUAUGGAUCGUGCGAAUGAAACUUGGACAAACAACAGAACAGCUGAAAUGUAAAGGACUUUAGGUCAGAUUUGUCAGUCUACAACAUUUAUAACUUAAAAGAUCUAUUUUUGUAUAUAUAUGUAAACUUGUGUAACAAUUUUGGCAAAGCUGUUUAUUAUAUAGAUAUAAUUAAAAA